CUGGCGGCGACGGGCGACAUGCGAGUAAUUGCUCCAUUUACCCCGGACACAGGCCGGUUUGAUCAGAGACAUUUUGCUGCGUGGUGACCCUGCUGAAUGCGGCAAUGCGCAAGAGAUUUGGUGGCUGAUGGCGGGAGGAGGAUGAUGUUAUUGGGCCUGAAGAUUCCAAGUUGGUGAGGGGCACAGGCUGGUUAGUGGAAGGUUGAUAGAUUAGAGCAGCGCACAUGACUGCAUCACUGUGGCUGUUAGUGGUUGCUUUGGGAGAGGCUGCUCGCUAUUGGGUACACCGCAUCAAUCCAUCAAAAGUUGAUUGUUCAAUGUCAAUAUUGAUAGCUGGCAUCUUGGAUUUGCAGCUCUGGCCAGUAAAGUGGUCAAUAUAUGCAAGUCCACACGUGCCUGUACAUUGCAUCAAACAAACUCUCCGGUGGCUGCGUCGUUGAUAAGAGACUGACAAACGCUGAUAAGAGCUGAGCCAAGGGUUCCAUGUUCAAUUCUAUUUGGAGCUGAG